AGCGAGUAUCUACAAUUAUCUAGUCGUCUUUAUUUUCAUACUUAUGUAGGUACCUAUCCAGGUCGAAGAAACUGUAGUAUUAGGAUAUCUAUCCGAUAUUCAUUCCAGGUAUUUACGACACACAUGCACUUACAGAAUACUUACCAGUAAUGCCAUGUUAAUCAGACUAUUUGAUCAUGAAAGCUUCAUGUAUGUGGUUUCAAAAGAGUCCUGGAGAAUGAGAUGAUAGCUCCAGCCACAACCUUUCUCAUAGUCCAAUCAAUCGAUCAAGUUUCCGACACUACUCAGAAUUGGCCGUUAGGCUCAUCGCAUCCAUGGAUCUGAGCUAGUACAAUUGCAGCCUCACAGAACUCCCAUACGCACACACCACUACCUAAUUGCGCUUAGGGAGCCCAGGAGCCAGCCCCUGAAUGCCCUAGAAUAAGUAGAAUACCUACCUAACAGGUUCCAGCAGACCCAGCUGGUUUGUUCGUCGCAACUUCGCGUUAUCGCUAGUGACCCUUGUACCCGAUUUCUCGACACGCUCUCCUUACUUUUGCCCCGCCAUAGAGACCGAGCCUGUCGACUUAAACGGGGCUUUUACAUAGUAGGGGGGCUUAACGGGAAUUAUGCAACACACCCACACUCAAGAUGCCAUCCGCGAUCAGCACUGAUGAGUGGGAUCUCCCGCGCUUGAAAGCCUCAAUUGUCUUUGAGGACGAUUACCAAAAUCUAGCCUCCGAUGAUCAAGAUACCGAAUUCUUUGAUGUGAAAUUCUACCCCUACUCGGACGUCACACACGAUCCGGUCUUUGCCGCAGUGAGCAAGAAACAUGUUGUCAUAUAUCGCCUUUCCAAUAAGGCCAAUCCCCCUUACGAGCUUGUCCAGCUUUUCAGGGAUGACGACAAGGAAGCCUUGAAUUGCAGCUGCACUUGGACCAAAGAUCCUGAGACCGAAGUCCCCUAUCUUUGCGUAGCCGGUAGGGAUGCCAAAAUCAAAGUAUACGACGUUGUCCAGGGGAAGUUAGUAAAGGUCCUUGUGGGUCAUGGAGGAGAAAUCAAUGAUCUUGCUACCUGCCCAACCAACUUCCUUUUGAUCGCAUCUGCAUCAGAAGAUACCACUGUUCGAAUAUGGAGUCUUGAUCCUGCACACUCUCAGCAGCCAUGUGUUUGCCUUCUUGCUGGAGAAGGUCAUUCGUCAGGAUUAUUAACAGUCGCAUACCACAAUAGUGGCCGAUAUAUUCUCUCCGCUGGUCACGACAAUGUUAUCUGCUUGUGGACACUCCCGGACUUACCUCCUCAGUCCAACGGAAAAACACCCUCAAAACCUAUCGUAAUCCAUUAUCCUCAUUUCUUCACAUCAGAGGUGCAUAGUGGUAUAGUAGAUUGCGUGGCUUUCUUUGGCGAUCUCGUUCUUUCAAGAGCUUGCCAUGAAGACAUAAUAGUUCUGUGGCGGAUCGAGGGAUUUUCGUCACGCGACCCCCCGCCCGAGAUUUCUGAGGCACCUACGACGAGUGAUACGGAACGCUUAACCCGUUCUGCAUUCGCCCCUGCGACGGCAUCAGCAUGCCCACCUCAAUAUACUCGUCUACUGGAGUUCUGGACGCCGCAUUGUGGCCACCAGUUCUAUCUUCGUUUUAAGCUGUUUCAUGACAAGGAUAAGCACCCGGUGCUAGCAUUCGGUAACGCGAAAGCCAUGAUCUUCUUCUGGGAUCUCGCACGCCUAGGGAGUUAUCACCAAUUCAUCAGCGAAGUUCGAGAUCCAGACCGCGAUAAGUCCCAGCCAGUUCAUCGUCCGGGUUGGCUUGUUCCGAUUCAGCAUAGACAUAAGGGUGAUGCUGUCAGCAAGCUCAAGGAUGCCGCUAGCGAUAGGGAGUCAGUCGCAUCGGGGCGCACUGGCAGCGUCGAUAUCGAGACGCACUUGGAUCUUAACACAAACUACUCCCAGGAGACGAUAGAAUCCUGGGAAUUGAAAUAUGACAUGACACGCGUGGAGGAACCUAUACGAGCACAUUCGCAGAGUAGUAUCUCCGCUAAGGACUUCGUCGGACGGCAAGUAGCUUGGAGCGCUAGUGGUGAAUGGUGCGUCGUGGUAGGUAGCAAGAAUCUCGCUGGCAUCUUGCAGCGGUGGCAUAAGAAGGAUCGCACAGAUGACAAGGAGAAGAAGCCGGCUAAGACUACUAGGGCUGAAGGGAGUAGCGAGUCUACAUAAACCCUGCGACGCUAUAGGUGUGCUGUUUAUCCUUUCUGGAUCCCACACAACCAUUAUUUCAUCUAGGCCGGUACAUUGUAUACCAGUAUAAUAGUAGGGAAUGGGUUUUAAAUAAACAGGCUGUCAACUUCCAA